UCUUGCUCGUGAAGACAAAAAGUAAGACAAUAACUUAAGUGAUGAGAAUAAUUUCUAACACUUAUUAGCCUCUUCUGUCCUUAGCUAGCUUCAUGGGAAAUGGAUCCUUAUCAUUUUAGCACUUCUGAUGACGUUCUGUAAAAUAAAGCGGAUGACGACAAAAGAAAACUAUUGUUAAAAACGGGCAUGAAUUAUGGAUGUGUGUCGUGAUAGCUAUGGAGUAUUUGCUAACCUCUCCGUAUUCAACAUUUGGACGUGUUCACUCUGUUACGUCUACUUGUUUCCAAAUGGUCCACUUCGCUUUAAUUAUAACGUUUCCAAUCCAGGACUUAUUAAAGUGGAAAAUAUUAUUUCUGGGAACAUCCAUAUAGAGACGACAAGUGACGUGUGUGAGAGCCUAGGAGGUUACGACUGUGAACGCUGGAGAGACUGUUGCCAGGCAGCAGACACAUGCUGCACGAGACAGAGAUCUAUUUCGCCAGACUCUCGGCUAGGUCAUUGUCCGCGAACGUGGGAUGGCUGGAGUUGCUUUGACGACACGUCACCAGGGAAGUGUGUUCGUCUCUCAUGUCCUUCUUAUGUACAGUAUGGAAGUCUGAAAGGACACGUCGAAAAGGAAUGCACUGAAAAUGGAUCUUGGGCUCUGCAUCCGGAGACGGGAAAAGAAUGGACGGAUUACAGCAAAUGUGUCAAUAUAAAGGGAUUCAAAGGUGUGGUUUAUGCUAGCGUCGGGGCAAGCGUAUUUAGCCUUGUCUUUCUGUUGCCAGCUACACUCAUCCUAAUGGCGUACAGACAACUGCGCAGCCAACAGCGCAUCCGGCUGCACGUGUGCCUGUUCAUGUCGUUCAUUCUGACAGGCCUUCUCAGUCUACUCUGGGAACUGCUUGUAUACAAUGAUAGAGUGGAAAACCCGUGGAAACAGACCUUCAUGUUUAGAAAAGAGGUAUCGUGCAAAGUAAUUUACAUCUUGCUCCGGUACGCCACCAGCGCCAACUUCUUUUGGAUGUUCUGUGAGGGCUUUUACCUGUUCAGACUUCUAGUGCACGCCUUUCAGGUUCCCAGAAGCAUCAAACAAUACUUUGUUAUUGGUUGGGUCGGACCUGCACUUCCUAUUGCAAUUUAUUCCACUUUCAGAUCGAUAUACGCAAACGACAUCUGCUGGGUAAAGAACGCGGGCGGAUUUGAGUGGAUCGUUUAUACACCAAACCUCCUAUCCAUUCUGGUUAACCUGCUGUUCUUGCUUGGAAUCUUAAGAAUUCUUCUCUCACAACUUCAUCAGCAUCCGAACGAGCCCAGUAAUUACAGGCAAGGCUUCAAGAGAGCUCUGAAGGCAACGUUCGUCCUCAUCCCGCUGUUCGGUCUCCAGCUUUUUCUGGUGAUCUACCGUCCUUCCAACGAUUCAGCCUUCGGCAACAUGUAUGAAAUCGUCUCCAAGGUCAUUAUUGACUCACAGGGAGGAAUUAUCGCGCUUGUAUUCUGCUAUAUGAACAAGGAAGUUUUGUCUUGUCUUAAAACGAGUAUCCACAAACUGAAUACUAGAAGAGGAAAGCGUGUUCCCUCCUUAAUCACAAACUAUACAGUGGUCUCCCAGAGAAACAAUGACAAUGAAGCGAAAUGUGAUGUAACAAAUGGCGACCGUUCCCCAAAUGUUUCCAUUGCGUUGAAGUCUAUGAGAACAAACUGGAAUGGCGCAAGUUAGAUUUAUGGUCCAUGUUUAUAUGUUUGUAAUAUACGUACUGUACAGAUUAACAAACCAUGGACGAUAAUUCGAGUUUUGACAGAUUUCUGAUUUUGAGCAGUUUAUGUUAAAAUGAUUUAGUUGAGCAUGUGAAUUUACGUAUAAAUUUAAGGAAAACCAAUGGUUGAUAGUUGUUAGUUGAAUAAAUGUAUCAAUAAAGA